AUGAGUUAAUUAUUAUGUAGUUGGAAUUCAUUUAAACAGCAAUGCCGAUAUGAAACAUCAAUUUAUUAACCGCAAUCAAUAGUUAGGGAAUAUUGUGAUCAAUUUUCAAAGGAAACUUGUAAUAAACUGAGGCCCUGUGAAUCCUGUGUUUCUAAUGGACCUUGCUAAUUGUAUUAAGGAUAUUGCACUCACUUCACUGGAUGCACAGCAUUUGCAGAAAAAGAUAACUCCAAGUGUUAAUAAAUAUCUGAAAGAUGCAUAACCGAUGGAGUUCAUUGUGUAGAAAUUGGGAUUUGUGAUUCUUAUAAAACAGAAACGGCUUGUAAAUAAGAUAUGAAUCGCAAGUGGUGUUUUUGGGAUAAGAAUACUACAAAAUGCAGAUAUCCAGAGAAGUGCGAAGAAUUACCAAAAACAUUCACUUAGGAUUCUUAAUGUAAAUCUUAGAUUUCUGAUUGUGAGUCAAGUCAACAAGGGGGAUGUUAGGAUUAAACUAUAAUCUAAUAAGUUUCUACAACCGCUACCGCAACCACAACAUCCACAACAGCAACCACUACAACUACCACUACCUCCUAUAAUACAAAUCCAUCAUUAAAUUAGUGUAAAGACUUCACUUCAGAUUCUGAAUGUAUAAAGAAUUUAGAAGGAAGUCCUUGUUAUUGGAAUGAAAAUUUAUGUAAAGAUAAGAUAUGUUCUAUUGCACCAAAAACAUUCACAACCAAUAAAGAAUGCUCAACAUUUUUAAGUUUUUGUAUCACCAUGAGUGGAGGAGGAUGCAUGAACAAUGGAACUUGCUAGGUUGCCAAUACUUCACAAGCAUGUGUUAAAGAUAUAUUUGGUGUUGGCUGCUUUUGGACUGCUAAUGGUGGAUGUAUUUAUAAGAAUUGCGAUCUUGCUCCUACUACGCUAACUUCGAAUUAAGAUUGCGAUUCCUUCCUAAAAGAUGUAUGUGUUGUUAAGGAGGGAGGUGGUUGUAGAAAUAAAGAAUGCGAAGAUCUUUUUGGAAGCUCGCAUGGCAGCUGUUGGACCCAAAAGAAUGGUUGUACAGUAGGACUCAAUUCAAAAUGUGCCAAAAUAAAGAACUGCGAAGAUACAGCUUUAAAAGGAGCAUGCAUUGAAGGUUUAAAUGGUCCAUGUUUAUGGGUUAAUAAUUAAUUCUCUAAUGAGUAACCUUCAGGAAAAUGUUAUAGUUACAAUUCUUGUUAGAGUAUCUAAUGGAAUACGGAUUAACAAUGUAAGUAGAUUUCUCCUUUUUGCACUACUGAUGGCACCAAAUGUGUUCCAAUAACUUAAUGCUCAGAAACCAAUACAAAUGGAGGUUGUGUGAAUGGAAAUGAUGGAUAAUGCAUAUAAACUGUAAUUGCAAUUAAGGAAACUUAAAAGGUUUGCAAGAAAUUUGACACCUGCUCUUUAGCAUACUACUUAAAACAUGAGGAGUGUCAAAAUGCAAAUAAAAAGUGCACAUCCAAUGGUCUAACAGGAUGCAUUCCAUUAUUAGACUGCAGUGCAUAUAAAGCUAAAGAGUCAUGCAAAAUCAAUAGCAAUUAAAAUUCUUGUUUUUGGAAUGAGGUUACUUAAACCUGUAGGGAUUCAAUUUGUUCAGAUUACAAUUAUAAUACUCAUUAAUAAUGUAACUCAAUAUUUAUAAAUGUAAUGGAUAAAUGCACUUCUGAUGGCGAAUAAUGUUUAGUGAUAUCUAGCUGCACCACUUACAAAUCAAAAUCAGUAUGUAAUAAUGCAUAAGCCACAGAAGGCAGUUGCAAAUGGUCGGAAGUUGAACCAUCAUGCAAAGUUAAAUAAUGCUCAGAUAUCUCAGCUCCAGGUCUAGAUAAUUGUAGUUUAGAAUUAGGUAAUUGUACAUUCGAUGGCACUAAGUGUAUCUAAUGGCAGUUGUGCUCUAAUUACUAGACUAAGGUCUCUUGCAAUACUAUGGGUUUGGAUGGAAAUUGUUAUUGGUCUAAGAGUGGAAGUUGUUAGUUGAUGACAUCUUGUAAAUCUGCUUCAGAUGAUGAAUAAGCCUGCAGAUAAGCCAAUUAGAAAUGUUAUUGGAAUUCAAAUGGUACAUGUGAAGAUCACAAUUGUGAUUCUUAUUACAAAUAGCAUGGAACUUGCACUAUUUUAUAAAGUUGGGAUGGCUAAUCCUAAACCUUUUGUCAAGAAAAAUAAGGAACCUGUAAAUUAGUUGAUCCAAUCACUUUGAAUUAAUUAGAUUGUUAUAAAGUAUCAAAUUAUUUGUACACAUGGAAUCCAACUACUUCUAAAUGUGCAAUUUGUAAUGCCAAAAUAAAGCCAACAAAUAAUACUAAUAAAACAAAUACAAGCACUAACUCAAACAAUACAAGUAAUAAUACAAAUAGUACUACUGUUAAUAAUACUAAUACUACUAAUAGCACAGAUAGUUCUGAUAAUGUUACGAAUCAAGAAAGUACCAGCUCUUCUUCUUUUAUAAAAUAUUUUGUACUAUUUAUUUUAACAGUUCUCAUCUCAAGUUGA